ACCAGGAGGAGGAAAAGUGCCCCUUCAUUGGUAUCAGUAAGAAGAAUAGUGCCAAACCAUUGUUGUCAUGGGAGAAAUGAUGCCCCAGCACUGGUAUCAGUGGGAGGAAUAUUGCCCUAUUAUUGCAUUAUUGGUGUCAGUGGGGGGAUUGGUACCCUAUCAUUUGUGUUAGAGGAAAGUACAGUGCAUUAUUGUUUGUGUUGGAGGAGAAAUAUUGCCCCUUCAUUGGUGUUCAUGGGAGGAAUUUUGCCUCAUUAUUGGCAUCAGUGGAACAAAAAUUGUGCCCCAUUGUUGGUGCCAGUGGAAGGAAUAGUGCCCUAUCUUUGGUGUCAGUGGGAGGAAUAGCACCCUAUUAUUGGUGUCAGUGGGAGGAAUAGUGACCCCAUCAUUGGUGUCAGUGGGGGGAAUAGCUCCCCAUCAUUGCUGUCAGUGUGGGGGGUGGUAUUGUGCCACAUCAUUGGAUUCAGUGAGAGGAAUAGUGCCCUGUCUUUGAUGUCAACGGGAGGAAUAGUGCCCCAUCAUUGGAGUCUAUGGGAGGAAUAGUGCCCCAUCAUUGGAGUCUAUGGGAGGAAUAG